GAAGGAAAACGUGGAGACAAGCGAAUUGUGAGGGGAGGGGGUUGAUUACCUUCACCUGUGAUCGUAUAAAAUCCCUCCUGGAGCUGUCACGGUGUUCGUCGCUGCAAGUACGCUGUCGAAGAGCCAUGAGUAUCCCCUGACAUCUGUCUCAUCGAAGGUGUUCUCCCACGUUAGCAUCACACUAUGGCUUCUAUCUGGGUGCUACUAACACUUUUGCCUGUCGCAUGGACAUGUUCUCCCCAAAAAGCAGAUUACGUGAUGGUAUCAUGCUUCCCCAACGCCAUCAUUGCCAACGUCCCAGAGUGUCCUUACGGCUGGGAGAUCGAACAGUUGUCGCUGGGUGGGGUGUGUUACACGGGAAUACAUAGCCCGGGUUACUACCGCUUCAUCAUCCCGGACCUGACGCCCAAAAACCACUCGUACUGCGGCACACAGUCUGAGUACAUGCCUGGCAAAGACCCCAAGUACAUCUUCUACAACUCCAUCGUGUCCAACGACACCUCGCUGACCGUCAGAAACCAGCCGGUCAAUUACACCUUCAGCUGCAUGUACCGAGCAGCCUACCUGGUAAAUAACGCAGUGUUCAGCCAGAGUGUUUUUACCAAACCUUCUGCUUUUUCCAGAGUGGCUACAGUUUAUGUCAACAAUGGGAGUUUAGGCACUUUUAGGUCACAGUUGUCUAUGAACGUGUUCACGAAUUCAAAGUUCUUGUAUGCGAAGGAUGCUCCCUAUGUGAUUGACACGUCUGAGAUUGGCUCAGAAGUUUUUAUCGGCAUCGAGGCAAAAGGUCUAAGUAACAGGUUCAAAGUUGUAAUCAACAACUGCUGGGCCACUCCGACUCCAUACUCCACAGACAGGAAGAGGUGGAGUCUCAUCAUUAACAGCUGCUCCUCUGACAACACGGUGACCAUUUUUGAGAACGCCAAAGACAGCCGCUCCACGUUCAAGUUCAACUCGUUCCGCUUCCAGCGGCUGGAGAAGGUGUCCACCGUCUGGCUCCACUGUGAGGUCCAGGUUUGUGACGGAGAGAGGCUCGUCUGUCAGCCCGGCCCCUGCUCUGUGAGAAGUCUUUCGGCGGAGGUUGAGCCGACCGGAGGUGUCCUGACAACUGAGUUUCACAUUAAAGGUAAUGGGUCUUCUAACACUGGACACAUAACAGGCACCUCGCUACUCAUCCUUCUGGUGGUCCUGAUAAACACAUGUUGUGAUUUAGUAAAUGGAUCAAGAAUGUAGUGAAUUUACAUUUACACAAAAACCAAGGGGGGCCUUACCCAGGACUCAGGGAGCGUAUGAAUACAUUCCUCCCCCACUCUCAAACGAAGGAUUUUUUUUUUCUCAUUAGCAUUUAGCACAUUUAUUGAUGCUUUGGAUAACUGCAUGCAAUGUUACGUACAAUACGUAAUGUAUUUCACUGUUUUCUCCAAUAAAAAUAAAUAUAAUUAAA